AUGGGAGCGCACUUAUCCAAGACGGCUGGGAGGGCUGAGAUAGCCGCCGAGAAGCCCGGAGAGGCGGCCGCCUCCCCGGCCAAGAGCAACGGACAGGAGAACGGGCACGUGAAAGCGAACGGAGACGCCUCCCCCGCGGCCACCGAGAACGGCAAAGAGGAGCCGCAGGCCAACGGCACCGCCGCGGCCGAGGGGAGCCCCGAGGCCGGGCAGGGGGAGAAGGAGGCGGCCAACGGGGAGCCGGUAGAGGCUUCCCCGGCCCCGCCUGAGGCCGAGGCCGCGGACAAGCCCGAGGAGGCCGCGGCGCCCUCCGCCAGCACCGAGACGCCCAAGAAGAAGAAGAAGAAGUUCUCCUUCAAGAAGUCCUUCAAGCUGAGUGGAAUUUCGUUCAAGAAGACCAAGAAGGAGACGGGCGACGGCGUGGAGGAGAAGGAGGAGGAGGAGGUGGCGGCUUCCACAGAGCAGGAAAAGGCAGAGGGCUCGGAGGAACCCGCGGCCCCCGGAGAGGAGGCCAAGCCCGGAGAGGUGGAGGCCAAGGAGGAGGUAGAGGCUAAGGAGGAGGUAGAGGCCAAGGAGGAGCAGGCAGCAGGGCCCCCGACAUCUGAGAAGCCCCCGGAGGAGGUCGCAGUCAAAGAGGAGCCCAAGGUGGAGGAGAAGCUGGCUGCACCCUCAGAGGAGGCGCCCAAGAAAGAGGAGCCUUCACCGGAGGCCCCCGCAUCCGUGGAGGCCCCGGUUUCCGUGGAGACCCCAGCUUCUGUAGAGGCCCCAGAAUCCGUGGAGGCCCCGGUUUCUGUGGAGGCCCCGGCCGAGUGA